GUACAAUUCGGCCGUUUAAAAAAAAACAUCUCAUUUUGUACUAAAGUAAUGCAGCAUGUCCUACGUCCACACGGUAAUUGUGUGAACUGCGGUAGAACGUGGAAAAAGAGGAGGAGAAGGAGAAGAAGGAGGAGGAGAAGAGAGGAAGUCCUUUCAAAAACUUUUUUUCUCCCUGGAAAAAAGUCUAGUAAGAGGGGCUCCGUUAGAUGUUAAGAAAACGGCAUGUAAGGGUAAACGUUAAAAAGACUAAACUUUACCGCCAUUCCUCAGUUUUUUUGUUUUCACUUUAAAGGCGAGGACAAAAGGAGAAUAUUUUGCGUGUUUUCUCCCCAGUUUGAGAGGAAUUAAAUCUCACAGGGCGAUGAGAUGUGAGUAAGCAAUGUCUUGUGGAAAUGCACAGACUUUAUUCCAGAGGAAACAUGGCGUCUGCACAGCAAGGUUCAGUUUCUUGGCCAGCCUGCUUCUGGUGCUCUGUUGCCUGGAGGCAUGGGGUUCUGGGCCGCAGGGAGACAGUAGGAUCUGUAGCCCAUGUCCCGUUAACUGCAGCUGUACGCUCGUGGGACAGAAGCGGUCGUCCUGCGUCGUCAACUGCUCCAACAUCGGCCUGGAGAGGGCCCCAGCGGCUACGGACAUCCCGCUGGCCACCGCUGUGCUAGAUCUCUCCAAGAAUCACAUCUCUUCUCUUGAUACCAGCCUGUUGGAUCGUCUUAUAAGCCUCCAGGAGCUGUAUCUUCAAUGGAAUCAGAUAAAAGUUCUGCCCAGAGGGAUGUUCUGCUGUGGCCCCCUGUCAAUUGUAAAUCUAAGCAACAACCAAAUAACAACUAUAGAGGACAGGAUAUGUGACAACCUAUGCAAUUUAACUCAGAUUGACCUGAGCAGCAACCCCUUUGACUGUGACUGUAAGCUGUUCAGGUUGGUCAGCUGGCUUGAGGAGAAAGGGGUGCAAGUGCGGCGACCAGACGCCAUGCUCUGUCACCAUCCUCCUAAACUGCGCUAUCAGCCUGUGCUAAAUAUUAGCCUGCUCACCUGUGGUCUCAACUAUGCAGCCUGUCUGGAAGACAGCAGCAGUGAAGGGGCGAAGCGUAGUGAGCUCGUUAUCUUCUCAUCCUCCACACCCGGAAACUUUACUCGUCAACAGUGUAACAGUGUGUGUUUUGCUGCCUCACAUCGCUACGGAGGUCUCGGAGCAACACAUGAGUGUCUUUGCAGCACAAACUCCGAGCCCAACUUUAUCAGUGAAUCUCAGUGCUCUGCUGCCUGCUCUAACCCUCACGUUAUGAAGGAAUGUGGGUGGACUCUGGCACAUGAUGUGUUUGCGGUGGAUUUUUCCAUCUCAGUCAAGCCUCUUCUGCUUCCACAAAGUGUCCAUGACCCUGUUGCGUUGGUCACCACUUCCUCGGUCACUCCAGUGAUCCUGACCUGGGAUUUUGGGGACCUUUCACCACGGCUCAACACUACAGGGACCGGACUGACCACAGAAAGUCAUAAAUAUGGACUUCCAGGACAUUACACUGUCACUGUGGUGGCCCGGGCUGGAAACAAGGAGGUCUCCGCUCGGACAGAAGUGACAGUGAUAGUUCCUCCCAAACUGGAACUGCGUUGCCCGUCUCUUGCUGUGGCCAAUAAAAGCCUGAGUUUAACAAUUGUCAGCUGGGGAUCAGUGGGUUUGGACCUUGACUGGAAGAUUACUAAGGAUGGUGUGCAAGUUGCUGAAGCCUCCCCUCACUGUCCAAAAGAUGGAAUGUACCACUUGGAGUCCUCAAGCUGUUUCCAGAUAGUUCCAGCAGAGUUGAGCUGGACUGAUGCGCGACAACAAUGUUCCGGUCGUGGUGGGGAUUUGGCAGUUGUGCGAAGUGACACUCUGUGUAAUCUACUGGGACAAAAAGUCACACAGGAGCGAGGUGUGUGGCUGGGCUUGAGUGAUGUGAACUCCCCAGGAAAGCUGCAGUGGGUGAAUGGCUCAGAGGCAGGUGAGGGGGAGGGAGGCUUGCCACCCCGUUCAUCAAUCUCCCGUGGGAACCUGUGCGUGUCCCUUGAUCAGCAUGGCCAGACCAGUUCACAUCUGUGCAGUGCCAAACGUGCAUUUAUCUGCCAAUACAAACCUCAAGUGCGUGUUCCUGACGCAGGGAUAUACAUGUUGGGGUUACCUCUAUUUCCAUCCAAUACUGUUUUGCGCCAUACUCCUCCUUCUUCUUCAUCCUUUGCUCCCGAAACCCCAAGAAAUGGUGUGGAGGUGCUGUUGUUCCCAGCUCUUAGCUUUCUUCAGGCAGGUCGACUCUCCUCUCUUGAGUUUGUUACCCAGAAACUUAGCUCAGAAAUACAAGUUCGAUUCCAGACGUACAGGCCGUAUUGUCGUGAUCCUGACCUGCACCUGCUGCUACCUGGUUGUGGAAGUCCAGCAUGUGCUCAGGUAGCCAUUUGUGUUCAAAACAACACGAGGACUGGCGGUCCACACUCUUGCUCCCAUCUGGAACAGUGGUGCCCCUUCCAGCAGCGAUGCCUGGCCCUUUCUAGUCCCUGCCAUUCAUCGGCCUGUCCUAACUGUACCCAGGAUCACCAACUGCCUGCUGGAGCACACCGGCCUCAUUACACCCUACAGAACGAGUUGGUUUUCACUCUCCCAGCAGGACCAGCUGCACAUAUUGUGGUUCAAAAGAUGUUGGAGGAUCUUCUAGUUUUCCGUGGUGACAUCAUUACAUUGCAGCAUGAUGCUGGCCCUGCCUCUCUUCUCAAUUGCCAGUCAUCGUCCAAAUCACUGUGGCGACAACCAUUGGUAGUUCUCCAUCGACCGGAGUGGGUCUGCAAAAACAACGCCAGAGACACGUCGAAUACAUUGACUGACAUUGAAGCUGAUCCUUCUCUUGAACCAGAGUUUGAUUUUGAGAAGUUGGUAGAGGAUGGUGAGGGAACAUGGCUAACUGACGUAGUCUGCCCUGUCCGACUGCUUUAUCUGGAACAAAGUGAAACCCAGUUGCCGACAGCACAGUUGUCUGCAGGUUUAUCCCAGCCUGGACUGUACAGCCUACUGGUGACCUCAGCCAAGCCAUCAUUCCCAGCUUCAGCUUCAUGUCCAUUGCAAGUGGUGUCUCCAUUGUGCUUGACAGUUCUCCAUCCCCAACCCCAGAAUGGCACCUUCUACUUCCAGGCCAAUGAUACUAAGCUGCUGCUCAGUGUCCAGUCUCGCUAUGCAACAUAUGCAUCCGUUCGAGGCAGUAACUGCAGUGUCACCUUCCACCCAGAGUGUCCCUUAGAGUUUUCCUCAAGACCACCACCUGGGUCAACCUCAGGGACUGGGCAUAAGGUUACCGAGCCCACUUUGUACGCUGUGGUGGAUCUGUUCUUGGUAGUGGAAGACCAGAAGAGCCCAAUACAAGUUGAGCUAGAGGCUUACAAUAAUGCAACAGAGGCCACCCUGAUAAUGACUGUUCAAGUGGAAGUCCCUCUCAAAGGACUGUUGGUUCAACCAAACCCUGCACAGAGAGUAUUGAUGGAGUCAGUUGUGAGUUACACAGCAUCGGUCCUGGAAGGCUCCAAUCCCACAUUUAAGUGGAUUGUAGAUGACAAACCCCACUUCACCUACUACAACACUGUUCUCAAUGUCAUCUACCAGCAUGCUGCUGUCUACAAGCUCACGGUAACAGCUGUGAACCAUGUCAGCACCAUCAAAGAGCAUUACAAUGUGACAGUGGACCGCCUACAACCCAUGGCCAACCUCACCGUGAGCGGUGUGCCGGAUUUUGUGCCCCAGGGCUCCACUCAGACUCUAACUACAUCUGUGCUUGUGGACAUGUCUGUGGAUGCCACUUUACGCUGGGUUUUUGGAGACAAUGGAUAUAAGGAGUUUAAGUUCAAGCCUCCAUAUGAUCCUGCCCUGCGCUGCCCAUACUCCCCAAAUCAGGUCAAGCUAAGCAACAAUGUCACCUACGUCUACUCUCAGCCAGGGAUAUACACCGCAGUUGUAUCUGUGUCAAACCGUUAUGACAACAUCAGUCGGAGCGUCAACAUGAGUGUGUACAGCAUGCUCACUCACGUUGACAUACAAACAGAGCCAAGCCUCCUACUUGCUGGUGAAAUGGCUGAAUUCGAGGCACAUCCUUUACCCUCACCCUAUGGAAUCCACUAUGUCUGGAACUUCGGAGAUGGUUCAUGUCAGUUGAAAGGCCGCAGAGUUGUGCACAGCUAUGUUCAAAGUGGGGCCUUUGAUGUCUGCGUCUUGGUAAACAAUACCAUCAGUUUCAAGGAAGUUUGUGUUGAGAUGUUUGUCUUUGAGAGGAUCAAAAAUCUUACAGCUCAAAGCCCCCCGUCCAUAGAGCUCUACAGUCCUGUUACUGUGUGGGCAACCCCUGCUUCAGGGAAUAACAUCACAUGGACAUUUUCAAUGGGUGACGGAGCUGUUUACUUUCCUACAAAACCCCAAGUGACACACAUCUACAAUAAAGAGGGCAACUACACAGUAAAUGUGACAGCAACCAAUGCUGUGAGCUUUGGUUGGACAGUCUUACCAUUGCAGGUGUUUGGAUUUCAAGUUAUAGGAAUAGAGCCAUUGGGAUGUGUCCAAGAGCAGACUGCUGUCAACUUCAAGGCCUUAGUUUCUGGUAAUGAUACAGCUUACUCUUAUGAAUGGUGCUUUGGGGAUGGAAGCCCCAAUGAAACACACCAUGGCAACCCAAGAGUCUCACAUAACUACCACGUUAGUGGAAACUACCACCUCACACUACUUCUUUCCAGUGGGGUCAACAAUGUCGUCAAGGUCAACUUCUUCCAUUGGGUGUGUGUGCAGCCAUCUUUAACCAAUAUCAGCCUUAAACUGCAGAAAUCACAUUACGCAGUUGGUGAAGAGAUCCUUUUUCAAGUGAAAGCAAAGCCAGAUUACAAUUACACCUAUCAGUGGGUCUUUGGUGGAGAGAAAGAACUUGCCCUCAUUCAUGGAUCUGGGAAUAUGGUGACAAUGUAUAAAACCCCGGGUGCCUAUGUGGUUUCUGUGACUGUUUUUAAUAAUAUAUCCAGCAGCAACAUCAGUGUUGUUGUUGAUGUUAUGAUGCCCAUAGGACCGGUUUUUAUACAACAUAAUGGCACCAAGCAUAACAACCUUUCGCUCAACGCACCAUAUGCGUUUACAACUUCCUCCUUGGCCUCAAACGUUAGUUACACCUGGAACUUUGGAGAUGGAAAUGUGUUCACUGGCCAAAAUCACCACCAUACCUACAGUAUAUCAGGAAAAUACAACAUCACCUUGACAGCAGUCAACACCGUUAGCAGGAAUCACACGGUUUUGCCCAUUACUGUGCUUGCACCAAUCCAUGGGUUGACCAUUAAUGCGAGCUUGACUAAUGUCCCUCUCAAUGCUUCAGUCCACUUUGAGGCCAAAAUUGAGGAAGGAGAUGAUGUCCGCUUUUCCUGGAUCUUAUGUGACAGAUGUACCUCCAUACCAGGUACCAACACCAUGUUCUACACUUUCCGCUCUGUUGGUACUUUCAACAUUAUUGUGACAGCAGAGAAUGACAUUGGGACAACACAAACUAGUAUUUUCCUGUUUGUGCAACGUGAGCUGGAGGGACUACAGAUUCUAGCAGAGAAGGAGAGCACAGGAAGUAGUGAACCGGACACUUGGUGCUUUGCCACAAACCGUGUUCUCCACCUCCAAGCCAGUUUAAAAGAAGGAACAAAUAUGACAUUUUCUUGGAAUUUCAUCAGAGAGCUUGACCCAGACAGCUCAAGCUUUAAUAUAAGUGGCAAGAGUGUAGAAGUGAAUUUUUCUACACCAGGUCCUUGUGAAAUAUUUCUUAAAGCCACUAACCUCCUUGGCCAGCUCUCUGUCAAUAAAAGCAUAUACUUCCUAGAUCCAGCCAGAGAAGUAUCCUUGCAGAUCAGUAACAAUCCAGUUGCAGUUGACUCUUUAACUAACCUUACAGUCCUCACUGUUGGGGGUUCUGACCUGCAGUACCGCUGGUCUGUGAACGGGGAUAUUCUACAAUGGAACAAGCCCUGGGAGGCCCACAGCUUCAGCAGUCCUGGCCAUAAGCUAAUUACUGUGGAGGUCUUUAAUGACGUUAGCUCACGCGUUGUGUCAGAGAUUGUCAAUGUCCAGGAAACAAUUAGUGGACUAAGAUUCACCGCUACAAAUGUGACAGAACAGGGUUAUGUGGGAACAAGCACCAACAUUACACUCCAGGGAGAGGUGCUCGGAGGAACUGAUGUGACUUGGACAUGGCUUGUUGAGGGAAGAACAGAGACAGGAAGAAGAACUUCUCUCAUUUUCCAAGAACCCAAAACUGCCAUUGUUGUUCUGAAUGCCACCAAUGAUGUAAGCGGGCAAGUGGUUUCUAGGGAGUUCUUUGUCCAAGAGAAAAUUCAAGGGUUGGACCUAAAAGCAAGUGCAAAGAUCGCAGCAGUUGGUCAGAAGGUGGAGUUCAACAUUUCCAUGGCAGCAGGUUCUGAUGUUGAGCUGAUCCUCAGCAUUAGUGGAGAUGCUACAGUUAUCAGACAACCCAACAAAACAUAUGUCCACCAGUUCAGUAGGGUGGACACCUACAUGGUCAAUCUCACUGCACACAACCAGGUCAGUUCCAAAAGGCGGCACCUCCAGGUUGAAGUUAUGGAGCCAGUACGUGGACUUUCAAUCCUAGGAACCUGUGCAGCAAUUCCUGUUGGUGUAAAGAAAUUGUUUGUAGCCAACAUACUGGCAGGAAAACCUGUACAGUUUAUCUGGACAUUUGAUCUGCACCACCUCCACCGAAUUACACACAUGGGCAAAGAGAUGUCGUACACUCCAGAAGAAGCUGGUCAAUUGACAAUCUACCUUAGGGCAAUCAAUUCUUUGCAGGCCCAGAACAUUACCAAGCAUAUCCUUGUACAGAAUCUGCUGAGGAGUGCAAUCCUAUAUGCAGCACCACAGGAAACAUUUAUUAAAAAGAAAGUGUUCCUGACAGCUUACAUCAGACCUGUGGCUACUCCUGUGGAGUGUAGGUGGAAGUUUGGUGAUGGCUCUCGUCAACUUCACACCAGCACCACAACUGUGGAUUAUGAAUACAGCCAACCAGGAUACUACCUUGUCCAAGUAAACUGCAGUAACUUGGUAAGCUGGGUGUUGGCCCAGGUGGAGGUCAGCAUCAGUGUGUUACAGUGUGAGGAACCAGAGGUGCAGUUGAUUCAGGCCCCCCGGCUGGCCAUCUGGCGAUCCCAACCCACUAUGAUAGAGGCCAGUGUGGACCUUAAAGGAUGUGUGCGCUAUGGAGCACAGUAUCUAUGGCAGAUUCUUUCAACAUCAUACUGUGACAAUGUCAUGGACAACCAGAUUCCCUCUGUAGCAAUGACUCAGCCCUCGCCAUCUUUGGCAUUACCUGUAAUUCAUCUGCCAGUGGAGGUGGAUGUGCGACGACUGCAGCUGUCUUUGCCUAAAAUGUCACUUGCAACAGAAAAUUACAGCGUGGUGUUUUCUCUGUCGUAUGAGGGAGUGCCACUUAGGAAGGCUGCCUGUCUGCAUCUCAGUGUGAUGGCUGCCAGACUAGUGCCCAUCAUAGAAGGGGGUACCUACAGGGUGUGGUCCAGGACACAGGACCUACAGCUAAGUGCAGAGCAGUCCUAUGACCCCAACAUGGACCCGGACAACCAGUCACUUCUUCACUACCACUGGGAAUGUGAAAGUACCUCAAAGGGCCGAGAGCACUGCUCCACUUUCAACUUUAGUCUGGGAUCCAGUGGACCAGUUCUUGGAAUCUCUGGCUCAGAGCUAGAGGCAGGUGUUAAAUACACUUUUAAGUUGACCAUCAGCAAAGACGGCAUGGCACCAGAGUCCACAACACAGACUGUGCUCGUCCAGAGUGGUCACAUUCCCAUGGUGUAUUUGGAAUGUGUGUCGUGUAAAGCCCAGUCCAUCUAUGUGGUCAGCCAGAACUCAUAUGUUUAUCUGAAAGGGACCUGCACCAACUGCCAGAACAUCCGUCGUGGUCGCUGGAGUGCCAUGACGCUUCAGAAUGAGACUCUGGUGCUUGACUCGUCCUCCACCACCACUGGAAGUCGUGGCAUGAACUUAGUUCUGCGGCAGGGUGUCCUGCGCCACAAUAACUCCUACAUUUUCACUCUGCGUGUGACCGAUGACAGUCUGGAUGGUGAGGGGGUAGCCUCUAUCACUCUGCAUCACAAUAUGCCCCCAGCUGGUGGGAAGUGUCAUUUGAGAGGGGAAAACGAAAUGGGAUUCGAGUACCUUGACAAUGGAGUCUGGAGAAUACGCACAUUGCUUGACCGAGUACAUUUCAACUGCUCAGGUUACAGUGAUCUUGGAAUCUCAGAGACUCCACUGCUGUACAGCCUUCUAGUCACACGUUGCAAGGAAGAUUACUGUGAGGACUUCUGUGUGUACAGAGGAAGCAGUCCAGAGCAUUCAGCGUUCUUGCCCCCAGGAUUCAGCUCGUCCCAACAUCUCGUGGAUGUCUCUAUCACAGUGGAGGAUCAUCAGGGAGCUGCUGACAUUGCACUGAACAAAGCCAUAGAAGUGGUGCUGCCAGACCCACCUCCUGAAUACAGCAGCCUUCCACACUGGCUUUUCUAUCUGACUGACAACAAACUCAAGAAGCUUCUUGAACAAGGAGACUCACAGAGAGUCAGAGAAAUAUCACUGGCUCUUAUUACUGUUCUGAAUGAGUAUGAGCAGACCAGGGAAUCGGCAAGAGAUUCCUGGGAUGAGCGUAAUUACAGAGUAAGAGUUCGCAGUAACAUCACGAGAGCCUUGACAUCUCUGGACCUGACCACUGUUAGUGACAUACAGCAGACCUCUGCUGCUCUCGCACAGUGCACAGCAGUGAGCCGUGAGUUUAUUUGUGAGGAGUGUCAGAACAGCACUCUAAACAAACUAGAGUCAAUGCUGGAGAUAUUACAGACUGACACAAAGCAAGGCACUGUAACACCAACUGAGAUAGCUGACAACAUCCUGAACAUCAUGGGAGAUCUGAUCCACCAAGUGAGCCAAUCAGCUUCCCAGUCCUACUUACAGGCGGGCUUCGACGAUUUCCCCUCCCCAGCAUUGUCAUCCACUUUUACUGCUACUGGUAAAGUCCAACCAGGCAUUCUUUUAGAACCCUCACCCUCAUCCCCAGAACCACAUCCUCUGCAAGUUGCGAUGAAGGCCUACAAUCUGUCCUCAGUCCUCAUGUUGAUUCUCAUGCAUGCCCGCGUGCUUAACGAAGAGCCGCUGGUGCUCAAGGGAGCUGAAAUUGCUGCCACUGGAAAAUUAGCGGAUCCACAAAGCUUGCUUUGUUAUGACGGCUACAGUAGUCCAGAGUGCAAACGAUUCUCCAUUCCACGAGCUUUUAAUGACAGUCUGGGCAAAGCUGCUGCAGGAAACAGCAUUAUGCAACUGCUAUUUCAGGUGGAGCCCAACCCUUUCCCAUUCAAUUAUGUAGCUAACUACACCAUUUCUACUGAGGUUGCAUCCAUGGAGUUUCGCACGGAAAAUGGCACACAUAUCCCAAUCACUGGUCUGGAUGACAGUCUAGCCAUCACUGUUGUCAUUAACAAUGGUAGCAGUGGAGAUGCCGGUCUGGAGAGUACUGGUACUGGAGGGCUGCCAACAGCUGGAGCCAUUAACAUCAGCCACUGUGACUCAGUCAUCAUGAGAGUCAGCGCAGGAAACACAAACAGACAAGCAGGGCUUUUCAUACAGCUCAACUUCACUCAUCUUGAAGAUGAGGACAACAGAGCAGAUGUUACAGAGCCGUACAUCACGGCAUAUCUUCAUUCCCACGAACAUCCAAACAAGUUCAAUUGUACAGACAGCAAACACAUCACACUAAGUAUGACCAGAGGAAAUGAUCUGGACCACAAGAAAUACACCUUCUUCCUCUCUCCAGAAUCCUAUGACACUACUCUGGACUACUUUGUCAACAUAAGUACACCAUGUAACCCCGACUUUCAGCCUGCGAGCGUACAUUUGGAGGUUGGGGUCUUUGCCUACCUGUGUCAGUACUUCAGUGAAAGUGAAAAGCAGUGGCGCACAGAUGGAAUGGUACCUUUGGCAGAAACAAAUGCCAGCAGAGCUGUUUGUCGCACAAGGCACCUCACAGCCUUUGCUGCAGGACUAUUUGUACCAACCAACGCAAUAACCUUUAAAGUACCUGAGCGAUCUGACGCACCUAGCCUCGUCGUGUUAUUAGUUUGUGUGUUGGGCCUGCUAAGCUACGUUGUGGCAGGAGCCAUUUUGCACAAGUUGGACCAGCUGGAUUUGCGUCAGGCUGGUGUCGUCCCAUUCUGUGGCCAGGAUGGUCUUUUCAAAUACGAAAUUCAGGUCAAGACUGGCUUGAAUCGAGGGGCAGGCACCACAGCCCAUGUAGGUAUCAGUUUGUAUGGGCGUGAAAGCCGCAGUGGGCAUCGCCAUCUUGAUCGCAGGGGAGCCUUCGCACGCAAUGCUCUUGAUAUUUUUCACAUUGCAACAGACACCAGUCUGGGCAAUGUUUGGAAAAUACGAGUGUGGCAUGACAAUAAAGGUUUAUCCCCAGCAUGGAUGCUGCAAUAUGUGUUAGUGAAAGACCUACAGACAGGGAGCAGCUACUACUUUCUCGUCGAGGAGUGGCUGUCAGUUGACAAUGAAAAAACAGAGGGGCAAGUAGAGAUUGAGGUUGAGGCAUCAGAGGAGGAAGCUCUUCUUCGGCUACCUCACCUCAUGAAGUACGAAUUGCAGAGGGCGCUGUGUGAGAGCCACCUGUGGCUGUCACUGUGGGAGAGGCCUCCUCGCAGCCCUUUCACCCGCCUGCACAGAGCUACCUGCUGUGCUGUGUUACUCCAGCUCUUCCUCUUGUGUAACACGUUGUGGUACAGUAUUGUUGUGGACAGCAGAUACAGCCGAUGGGCCGUCUCACGGCUGUCUUCAUUAAAUGGAGAGACGUUAGCUGCUGGAGUGGUUACUUGUCUCAUUGCCUAUCCUCUGUAUCUACUGGUCUUUACGCUCUUCAGAAUGAGCCGCAGCAAGUGUGUUUCAGUGGAGCACUCACCACAACAACUAGACCAGGAGUCUGUGGAGAUUGAUGACUUCUUCGACAACUCAGUGACAGGAAGUUCUUUUCUCUUUUUUAAUGGCGAGACCAACUCAGAAGACUCAAAUAUUGAUCUGCCCACUCCAUCAACUAAAAGUGUGGAUAGUUGGGCCAUGGUGGAGGAAGACACGGAAGACAGGGAUUGGAUGGAGCCUCUAAGUGACAUGUCUGUGGUGGACCUGGUGGGACAUGGACCAGGGCUGCCCAAGUUAAAGAGAGGUCAAGGGAGCAGACACUUGGGAGUUAACAUGACUUUAAAUCCUGACGAUGAGGAUGGCACCCGUCAACCAGGCAAAUAUUUCACCUCUUCAGAUGAGGAUUUGAUCAAACACAUCCUGGCAGAUGGGCAGAAUUUCUUUCCUCAGACAAGUGAAAGCGAGUUGGCUGACCUAUCGAGCAUUUUUGGAGAUAAGACUGAAGUGAUCCUCCUUCAGAGGUUCAACGAGCCACUUCCUUUUGAAUCUGUUCGAAGGGAUCCACCAAAAAAAGCUUUCACCUCAAACACAGUUGUUACAGAUGUGUGUCGUCCCAGGCGCUUUCCCCCAUGGUGUGGACAGGCCACUCUGUGGGGCAGCUGGGCAGCUAUUGCUCUUGGGAAUGCUGUUUCAGUUUGGGCAGGUCACAGCUUCAGCCCAGGUGUUGCCAUGAUGUGGCUCAUCUCCUGCUUUGCCAGUUUCUUGUGCUCAUGUUUCCUUUUGGAGCCAAUCAAGGUGUUAUGUGAGGCAGUUUACUAUGCAGUGUUUGUCCGUCGCCUGCGUCCAGAAGACCAAGAUGUGCUUGUAGAAUUCCCCCAUGUGGAAAAAGUGGUCCAGAGGGUCCCUAGAGUGCGGCCACCACAGGGCUUUGCGCUGUCGCAGGCACAGCAUCAGACCCGCAAGGUUAACAUGCUGCACAGUAUGCUGAAGAAUUUCCUGCUUUAUAUGCUUUUCCUGCUGGUGGUUUUACUCCUCAACUACUCCGACUCAGCCAAAGAUGCACACAGCCUCCGACUGCGCACUCAGUUGCUACAAACACUUCAAAGAUCUGGAUAUCACAACAUUAGCAGCAGAGGUAAUGUUCUGACGUGGCUUAAUGAGUCGCUGUUGCCCUGGUUAGUAGAUGAUUCUGCCCUUCUAAGGAACACUGGAACUGUGUUGCUUGGCACUGUGAGGAUGCAACAAAUCAACAGUCUAGAUAACAGAGCAAGACAGGGUUUUUUGGGGAGUGAUCACAUGAUGUCUUCACACGGAGAAACUGAUCAUUUCUCUGCUUUUAUUGCCAAUGAUGACAACUGGGCACAGCUAGUAAAUCAUGGAAUCAUAAAUUACAAUGUUGAGACGGUUCAUCAGUUCAAUGGGAGCCUGGAACAGGCCUCUUAUUCCUUCCAACAGUUGAAGCACCCGCUGUGGCUCAACUUCAGAAUUCAUACUGUGUCCGUGAAGUUCUCCCUCUACAACAUCAACACAAACCAUCUGGCUGUCUUCUCCUUCCUGUUUGAGUUCCCAGUUUCAGAGCAUGUCCAGUCCAGUCUUGAUCUUCACGUUUUCACUUUGCGGCUAAUCACAGGACUGGACCUACAGCUCCUCCUAAUGAUCAUCGUGUUCAUUCUGGUGCUGUAUUUCCUGGUGAAUGGUAUCUUGGCUUUUUCCAAAGAGGGCUACCGGUAUUUUCUGUCACCCUGGAGACUCGUAGGCAUCUGUAAACUGGCUCUAGCAGCCACUUUGUGUGGGCUGCACCUGAGUUGCUGCACCACAGCCCGGCAGAUGUGGGUUUCAUACUUGAAGCAUCCAAGGAACGACUUCACGGACUUCUACCCUCUGGCCAGAAUGAGUCAAUUGUACUCAGUCAUGUCUGCAUUGCUGUUGUUCAUACUGGUGCUCAAGGCUUCCCAUCAGCUGCGAUUUCUUAGAGAGUGGGCAGUGUUUGGCAGAGCGCUGCGGCACUCAUUAUGGGAGCUGCUGGGAGUCACUGUGGCGUUGCUAUUAGUGAUACUUGCUUACUCACACACAGGACAUUUGCUCUUCCACACUGUACUGGAUGGUUACAACAGUGUGAGCUCCUCUUGUCUGUCUUUGCUGAGGGCCAGUGGUCCAGGCUGGUUUUCACCGGAUACACGUUCACCAAUGACCAUUCCCUCUGGCACAUUCUCCUCACUGGUGUUCCACACAAGCUUUUCUGUAUUACACCUGAUGCUGUUAUGCCUGAUCAUUUCUGUGCUGCUGAGGAACUACCGCCGUGCACGAGCAGAGCUGUACUGUGUGGCUGUGGAUCUUCAGGACUAUGAGAUGGUGGAGCUGUUUCUGAGACGACUCAAAAUGUGGAUGGGUCUCAGCUCUGCUAAGGAGUUUCGUCACAAGGUGCGCUUUGAGGGUAUAGAGAUGCCACCGUCCCGUUCAUCGUCGACCAGCGACUGCAAGUCCCUCUGCUUGCCACCACUUGACGGUCCGGACUCUCCUUCUACGCCAGACAGUGUCGAUGCAGGCUCUGAGGCCUCAUGGCGUCCAGCAUCCUCCAGCCCUUGUAGUCUAACUGAAGCUCCAGGGGUGGGCUCUGGCCUUGGAUUAGGCCUAGGUUUGGGUCUGAGCCCUGGGUCGGUGGUAGGUGGUACUACCUGGAGAGAGAAGGUGGAGACUGAAGCAUCUCUAAAGAGACUCCUUCCUACUCUGGAGGCGUUGCUGCAGCAGCUUGAUCGUGUCUCAGGGGCGACAGCAGAUCUGUACCACCUCGAGUGUAAACUGGAGCGGGUACAUAGAAAAAUGAGACAGUGGGAGAGAGAGAGAGCAGGUGGAGAUCAAGAAAGGACUGAGGUGGGUUAUGGGAGAAAAGGUGAAAAGAAUGGUAAAAACAAAGACUCCGCUGGACGGAAGGAGAUCAAGAAUGGCAAAGAAAAGCACAGAAGUAACAAAGAGGGUAAACGUAAUGAUAAACGUAACCAUCCAAAAGACUGUGGAAACACUUCUACCAACUUCAGAAAAAUGCCUGUAUCUACACCUGUUCCUUCAUUGAAAUCCAGGGCAACCUUGGCCUCAACUCUCACCCUUUCGCCUCAGUUAUCAGGCAGACACUCAGUGUGUGAAAGGCCACUCACAUCAGUCAUGGAUAAAUCUGUCCCUGAAUCCAUCCCUGUGUCAUCAGAAAACCCUCCUACUCCCAUCUCUACUUCUACCCAAUUGUCCCAAAUGUCUGCUGCAUAUCCCUGUGUCCCUACACCCUCUGUGUCCACCCCAUGUCCUACAGCAUCCCAGGACUGCGAUCCUCCUAAAAAAAGAGAAACCUUUUCUGCCUCCAGUCUGUUUAACCACCCUGCCCACACUACCAUAAUUCCAACAUGCAAACGAAAACGCAAGCCACCCCCCCUCAAAAAUAAGGUGCACCCCAACAUAGACAGACACGGCCCGGGACACCCGAAAUUCUGAGAAUUGAAGGAACAACUGAAGGGGAGAGGGAAGGAAUGAGAGGCAAGAGUGGAUUAAGGAUGAGGAGGGGCUGAAAAGUCUCAGACAAAAAGUAAUUAUUGAAAUUGAAGCUAAAAAGACUACUAAUGAGCAAACUCAGUUCGCCAAAAUACCAGGUGCAGGUCACCAGAUCAAUGUCCAGCUUUCCGCAAUGUACCAAAAACCAAGGCUACCUGAGCCGACAUGACCCUGGUGGCCAUGUAGGGUCAGUGACAAGAGCAGAUUAGUGUGGAAAUGUCUCUGAAAAGGGUUUUUGUUUCUCACUUACAUUUUAUAUUUUUAUGUUUUAAUUUCAUUGGUUGGUGACAUGUGACCAGUUUUGGUUCCUAGUUUUUGACUUAUAUUUGCAUGCAGCUACACAGAUAUGUAUACUGUAUAUGCACAGGUACAGUUCAGCCGUACAGUUUCUGCCAGUCUGAGUAAUUUUACUUUUUGUUGCAUUUCAUUCAGUAUUUCUUACAGAAGCACUUUUUAAAUGUUGGUGUUAUUGUCUUAAAAUAAAGUAAGGUCUGGUGUUUAGUAAUAUGUUUAGUAUCCAAAAGGUUUGAAGAGUUUAAUUAAUGCUGUAUCACAACUCUGAAUGCUACUAAAGUUGUUGUUGAUUAAAUAUAAUUAAUGUAUCCUGAGUUGACACAUGCAGCAAGAUGAAUUCAUUAAGCUUUUUAUUAGCACUUUAUAUUCUGCUGGAGCUGAUGUACUAAGUUUUCAUUUCACAUUUUUUUAUUAUGGUAUUGAAUUUAACAUUUGCAGCUGCACUGUUUGCUUUUGUUUCAUUGUCAUGUUAUCAUUAAUGUCCAUUUAUUCCUCAUGGUUGCCAAAACUCAGGGAACACCUCUCUCCAAUUCUACCCAACACUUUCUGAGUCAACUGUUGGUGACAACUAACGGAGUUGAGUUUUCUCAACUUCUGGAGAAUCAUAGUCAAAAAGCAUCACCUGUUUUAAAAACAGAAAACAAAUCCAGCCACUGUAAUUAUGAGCUGUUAAAAAUUAUGUAAUAGAUACACACCGAGAUGAUUCGUGGGCAGCGCAGUGAGAGCAGGGAAAAAAGAAGGUACAAUGUGCUUUGAAUGUACGUCUUAGAAAUGUAAUACUUCAGAACAUACAAAAAGAAGUGAAAAUGUCUUUGUUCUUUUUUGUGUGUAUUUGUUCUUUGUGUUAUAUGCCUACAAUGUGUUUAAUUCCACUGACCACCACAAGUGACCACAAGGUGGGAUUGUGUCAGGAAGGGCACUGUGUGUCAAAAGAAGCCCAAGCACUACGUGAACUAGUGAACCUUUAGAAGCCAAAGGAGCUGCUGGUGUUGCCCAUUCUAAAGUCUGACAUUUUGUCAGUGUCUCUAUAGUCAAAUCAAUUUCGUUACCUCCUACCUUCUUGAUGUACAAUAUUACAAUAUGCAUAUUGUUGCAAUGUCUUUUGUGUCUUGUGUCACCAUUAUUGAAUUUUGUUUUACAAACGUGUUUAGAUUUUUGUAAAGAUUUGUUGUCUGUUUUAUUUUUCUCCCAUUGCAGUUUCUGUUUCCCUGCUUGACAAAGUCAAAUGAAGUGUUUGACUGCUCAGUUGUGCCAAAUUACAACCAUUACAAUCACUGCUCUGUGCUUGAGAUCAAUGAAUGUUCUUUUGUUUCCCAAAGGUUUUUUCAGCAACUGGCAUUUAUAUUUACAUCCACUAUUUUACCCUAAAUGUAUUAUGAGGUACAUCCACCCAAUAACACAGUAGGUGGAAAUGGAAUUUGAAUACAUUUCAGCUUGCAGUUGUGUCCUACAAUAAAAUGCUACCAGUA